CGGUCGGUGCGCGGCCGGGCGGGGCCCCGCCGCCCCCGCGGCAGGUGCCGGGGCGCAGCAUGGCCCAGCGGGGCGGGGGGCCGCUGGCCGAGCGGGCGGCCGAGCUGCGGAACAAGAUCGUGGACCGGUGCGAGCGGCUCCAGCUGCAGAGCGCGGCCAUCACCCGGCACGUGGACCAAGUGCUGCCUGCCAAGGACCAGGCCGUCCUGAACACGGCCAAUGCGGCGCGGGAGCUGGUGAUCCAGAGGCUGAUCUUUGUGGGGAACGCCUGUAAAAAUGAAGAGCAGCGGUUGCUGGAAGAGGUGCACGCGGAGGACGAGCGGGCGCACCAGAGCAUCCUCACCCAGCAGGUGCACUGGACUGAGGCUUUGCAGAAGCUGGCUGCCCUCCGAACCUACCUGGUGGACAUGAUCACCAACCUGGAUGACGAGGGCCUGGUGAGUGCAGAACAAGAGAUCUUCGAGAGGACAGAGGUGGCAGAGGGAAUCUUAGAGCCACAGGAGUCCUCGAAGUUAAACUUUAAUCAGACCUGCGUUCAGAGUCCGCUGCUGCAUCGACUGUGGGCCUCUGCUGUUCUCUGCUGCGUCGCAGGCUCACAGGAAAUUCACAUUGAUGAGAAAACCAUCAGCCCCCACCUCAGCCUGUCAGAAGACAAGAAGACCCUCACAUUCAGCCCCAAGAAAGCGAAGGUGGACUUGGACUGCCCCGAGCGGUUUGACCACUGGCCCAAUGCUUUGGCUACUGAGGCUUUCCACUCGGGAGUCUGUGCGUGGAAGGUCAGCGUGGAGAAGAGCUGUGCCUACAAGCUGGGGGUUUGCUACAGCUCCCUGCCGCGGAGGGGCUCUGGCACCGAAGUUCGCCUGGGCUUCAAUGCCGCCUCCUGGGUCUUCUCGCGCUACGACAAGGAGUUCAGGUUCCUGCACGCCGGCCAGCCGCAGGCGGUGGAGCUGAUCCGCUCUCCGGCCGAGAUCGGCGUGCUGGUUGACUUUGCGGGAGGAGAGGUGCUCUUCUACGACCCCGAUUCCUGCACCAUCCUCUUCUCCCACCGGGAGACCUUCGCGGAGCCCCUCUAUCCCGUCUUUGCUGUGGCGCACCAGAGCAUCUCGCUGGUCCAGUGAGCCAAGCAUUGCACUUGCUGCGGGGUGAACAUACAAUUGUAUAUGCAGUGACUGUAUAUACGCUAUACAUGGGGGAAAGGAGCCCAGACAGGGCUGCUGGCUUGUGUACAGUGGUGUUUAGACAAGACCUGCCUUCAAACUACGUCUGUUCUUCACGCGUUUUACGGCAGCUUUCCUCUCCCCCUGUGUUGGCCGUGCUGGGGCGAGUGCUCAGGGUAACACCUGGCUCUGCCGGCCACUUUUGGGUCAAUCACUGAAUUCCUCUCUGACCAAGGGCAGCUUUCCAGCCUGACGGUGGGCUUUAGAAAACAGGAGAAAUACUAAAAGAUGUGUUUGGAGGAGCUACAUGGAAGGGAACGUCACUGGGACACAGCUGGAGACACGCUUUUGGAAGGAGCCACCCCAUGCCAGAGCAGGGACACGGUGGGGGGCUGUCACCCCUGGGGAACCCACGUGGGGCUGUGGGGCCCAUGGAGGAGCAGAGGAGUAAGAAACAAGGAGCAGCAGAGAGGAACCCAACCUGCGCUG